AUGCUACCCAACGUUCUGCUUGGACUUCGUACCUUUUUAAAAGAGGACCUUAAAUCAUCGGCUGCGGAGAUGUUUUAUGGAACAACAAUCCGCAUGCCGAAAGAAUUUUUUGAAGAUCUCGAUGUAAACGUGGAUCCUGCAACCUUCAUUGGCGAUUUUCGUGACCUGGUGCGAAAGAUUCGUCCAACUCCUUCUGCGCACCACAGCAAGCAAAAAAUGCUCCGCCUAAAAGAAAUAGACAAAUGCUCUCAUGUAUUUAUUCGGACCGAUGCCGUCAAACUACCAUUGGAACCGCCUUAUUCAGGACCUUUUGAAGUCGUUUAUCGCAACAGCGACCGAGUUUUCACAUUAAAUGUCAACGGCAAGGAAGUAGUUGUCUCCGUGGAUCGAAUAAAACCGGCCUUUCUAGCUAAGACCGACACACAGCAGGAUGCUCAACCUGAGAUCGCUGUACAGCCACGAACCUAG